GACUCAACUAGACUUAGCAGUAGAAGUCAGAUGGAGUCUAGAUCUAGAUCUAGUCUAAGUCUAAGUUAACGUAACUUAAAAAUAUUUUUACAAUUCUAGAAAUCUAGUUCUAUGUUUAGUUAGAUCUUGAUCUUUAACUUAUUAUAAACACUGAAAUCAAAAGUAGACGAACUUAAGACUUUUUUUUAUACUAAAUCUAAUCUAAACGAAAUUUCUUUAGCUUCUCUUGCAUACUAGAUCUAGAUCUACUCAGAUAGUCAGCAGAUACAGUACACUGAUACUACUGAAAGACACCAGACUGAUUCUGACUGAUAGACUUUUGGGUCACGUCUCCAGGUCUUUCUUGGUCUGCCUCUCUUCCUCCUGCCUUGUGGAUUCCAGGUGAGGGCCUGUCUUGUUAUGCUGGAUACAGGCUUCCUGAGUGUGUGGCCAAUCCAUUUCCAUUUUCUCUGGAGGAUCUCUACUUCAACUGGCAGUUGAUUUUUGGACCUACAAAUAAGAAAGCUUAAAGUUGUAAUAAAAGUUUGAAAAUAGUAUUCCAUGGCAAAUGUAACUGAGGUUCAAGAUGAUCGUGAAUUGAAAACUUUACGAGAAACAAUUUAUGACCUCAUCAGUGUCAUACGUGACCCAGAGAAACCAGAUUCUCUGGAAGACUUGAAUGUGGUCUCUGAGUCAGGAAUUGAGGUCUACAGACUGAAGACAGGCCAGCUGAUGGUGCGCAUUGAAUUUGUUCCUACAGUUCCUCACUGUAACCUUGCCUCGAUCAUUGGUUUGUCUAUGAGAUCCAAACUUAACAAGUGUCUACCAGAGAAAGUGAAGGUUGACAUCUACAUCAAGGAGGGAACACAUGAAACAGCCAAUGAAAUUAACAAACAGAUCAAUGACAAGGAAAGAAUAUCUGCAGCUAUGGAGAACCCUAAUUUACAACGACUCGUUAAUGAUUGUAUUGAGGAAAGCUGAUGUAUUGGGUAAUGAUUGCUACAAUCAAAGCUGGUGUAGUUAAUGACUGUAUUGAGAAAGCUGAUGUGUCAGUUUAUGAUUAUCGAGGAAAGCCAAUGUGUAGUGUAAUGAUUGUAAUGAGGAUUUUUGAUGCAGUUGGUUAAUGAUUGUAUUGAGGAAAGCUGAUGUAUUUAGUUAAUGAUUGAAUUAAAGAAAGCUGAUAUGUUGGUAAUGAUUGUAUUGAGGAAAGUGGAUGCAUUGUUUAAGGAUUGUAUUGAAGAAAGAGAUGUAGUAUAAUGUUACUCACUAGUUAAAUAAAUAAUGAAAAAGCCUGAAUUAAAGGUGAAGACUAUUACAUUGUUUAAUCUGACAGCUUUGUACAUAAACAUAGAAGGGCUUUCAUGAUGGUGCAGAGAAAUAAAUGAACACCAUUAUUGUUUUAUCAUGAACACAACCAUUGUUUUAGCACAGUUCAAAUAUUAACUAUUCUUUACUUGGAAUAAAAAUGUUUUGAACAAAAUAAUUUAGUGGUUU